UUCCACUCACACGAGUCCCUCCAGAACCCCUCCCAUUUUUUCAAUUAGUCCCUGAUGGGUGGAGUAAUGCAAUCAGGAGUAAGAAGAGCUGACAGGAGGCCCACAGCUCAGUCUGCCCCGACUCCACACAGACACCUCCUCGGACCAAAGGUGACCACUCACACUCAAAAUGACAGAACGCUAUGACUGCCACUACUGCAAAGAAUCCCUGUUUGGGAAGAAAUACGUCCUGAGAGAGGAGAACCCCUACUGUGUGAAAUGCUACGAGAGCCUGUACUCCAACUCCUGUGAGGAGUGCAAGAAGCCCAUUGGCUGCAACUCCAGGGAUCUGUCCUACAAGGACCGCCACUGGCACGAGGAUUGUUUCAAGUGCUUCCAGUGCAAGCGCUCACUGGUGGACAAACCUUUCUCCACUAAAGAUGAGCAGCUGCUCUGCACUGAGUGUUAUUCCAAUGAAUACUCCUCCAAGUGCCACGAGUGCAAGAAAACCAUCAUGCCUGGCUCCAGGAAGAUGGAGCACAAAGGGAACAGCUGGCAUGAGACUUGUUUCACGUGUCAGCGAUGCCAGCAGCCAAUCGGCACCAAGAGUUUUAUCCCAAAGGACAACCACAACUACUGUGUGCCCUGCUAUGAAAAGCAGUUUGCCAUGCAGUGUAUCCAUUGCAAGAAGCCGAUCACCACUGGAGGGGUGACCUACCGUGAGCAGCCCUGGCAUAAGGACUGCUUCCUGUGCACUAGCUGCAAACAGCAGCUGUCUGGACAGAGGUUCACCUCUAGAGAUGACUUCGCCUAUUGCCUCAACUGCUUCUGCAACCUGUAUGCCAAGAAGUGUGCUUCCUGCACCACCCCCAUCAGUGGUUUGGGUGGAAGCAAGUACAUUUCUUUUGAGGAGCGCCAAUGGCACAAUGAUUGCUUCAACUGCAAGAAGUGCUCCGUGUCCCUGGUGGGGCGUGGCUUCCUCACUGAGCGUGAUGACAUCCUCUGUCCUGAAUGUGGAAAGGACAUCUAA